CUGGAUGAGGCUCAAGAAGCAGAAUGCCAAGCCCUAAGGCUGCAGCUCCAGCAGGAGAUGGAGCUGCUGAACGCAUACCAGAGCAAAAUCAAGAUGCAGACGGAAUCACAGCAUGAACAGGAGCUCCAGAAGUUAGAACAGAGGGUGUCUUUGCGCAGGGCCCAUCUGGAACAAAAGAUUGAAGAGGAGCUGGCUGCCCUCCAGAAGGAACGCAGCGAGAGAAUAAAGUUUCUGUUGGAAAAGCAAGAGCGAGAGAUUGAAACGUUUGACAUGGAGAGUCUGCGAAUGGGCUUUGGGAAUUUGGUCACAUUAGAUUAUCCCAAGGAGGACUAUAGAUGAGAUUAAAUUUAUUUUGCCAUUUUCAAAAAGCAAUAA